AUGCGCUGCUUAUUGAACACGUACAAGUCUGUUCUGUCUAAAUGCAGAUGGUCAUUGCACACAAUUAGACAUUCCAGCUCUGGGGGCCCUUCUGAAAAGAAACUCAAGGCAAUUCCUUUUGCUCAACAUGUGAAUGCAGCCUUAGAAACAUUUGAACAAUAUCAUGGCAGUGGCUUCUUUUCAGUAAAACUGUCACAAAGUUCCUCUCCAGAGCAGUAUUUUCUACCAUUCUGGGUUGUAUCAGCCACUGUUCAUUCAACUAUUGAACAAGCUCAAGUGGGUAGACGCACGAUCAGAACACAUUAUAACCCUACCACAAAGAAAAGCGAGUCUCGAUGGGACACAGACUGGGUUUGGGUGCCACAUAAGCAUAGCUUCACACGAGAUUAUUCUCCUUUGGCUCACCCAAAGUUACAGAUUUACGCGUCACAUCGGUACCGCCGUGGUCUCGUUGAAGCCAUUACUCACGGCCCAGCGCUGGAAAGCGCAAUUCCCUUUUCUCCUUCUCUCCUCGACAGUAAAGAGCCACGUGGUAUUGAUCCAUUUGCGAUUUAUCCAUCUACUGCUGUAAGAUUUGCAAAGAGUUACAUUCAGUCUACUGAGGAAAAGGUAGCCGAUGAGUAUCUGCGGCAAGUGUACAAGAUGGACGAAACGCGAUUUUUAAAAGUCAAUGUUCGUCUAGAAAAUGUCACUGUCUCUCCUGUCUAUUAUCCAGCCUACAUAUUUUCUGUGAAUUAUCUGGGAAGAACGUUAAGAACGUUUGUGAAUGGCAGUGAUCUAACCGUUGGCGGAACCAAAGUUUACAAUUGGCAGCGGACUGCUAUGGUAUCUGCUGCUGGCAUGGCUACCAUCAUGACCAUGACAGGUGGUAUCGGCUGGGGAGGCGCUAGUGGAUCGUUCUGGCUUGGCAUUGUACUUCCAACUGUUACCGUCUCCAUGUUGACGUUAUAUUAUCCAAUUAUAUCACUUCGGAUAAGAGAUUUGAUACGAGACUAUGAAAUUAGGUCAAUGGCCCAUGAUCCUUCUACUUGGGAUGAGGAUUGGGUAAAAGGCUAUGCUGCCUAUGAAGAUCAAGAAAGAAGCCGAACAUGGCGGGAAGAGCGUGCGAGUCAAGCUUGGUAUACGGGCACCAAUGCAGACCCAAAGGGAUAUUAUCGCACAUUGAAUGUGUCACCCAACGCUAGUCAAUCGGAAAUACAGGGAGCAUUUAGAGGACUGGCAAUGAAAUACCAUCCUGAUCGGUAUUCUGAUCCUGAAGAAAAGAAACAAGCCAAGGUCAAGUUCCAAUCCAUAUCAGCUGCAUAUAGUGUUUUGCGAGAUGCAAGAAAGAGACAAGUAUAUGAUCAAUCAGGGUCUGGUUAA